ACAAAGUACUGUAUAUCAUGACAGGGUAUUAUGACUCCACAUGUUCAGUUAUGGUUCAUUCUUCCUUACAUUUGUCUUCAGGUCCGUGUGCAGCCGGAGUUGUGGGACUUAAAAUGCCCAGAUACUGUUUGUUUGGUGAUACAGUCAAUACCACCUCCAGAAUGGAAUCUAACGGACAACCUCUGAAGAUUCACCUGAGUCCAACGACCAAAGAAGUCCUGGACUUGAGUGGUAGUUUCCAAAUGGAGCUGCGAGGGGAGGUAGAAAUGAAGGGGAAAGGAAAAAUGACAACCUACUGGCUGCUGGGAGAAAACGCCACUCAAACUAAGUGACAGAGAGAAAACAUUCGUAUCGUUUCUGUAAACAUCAGUAGAUCGAGGUUUAACGUUAAUACUGUUUCCGUCCACUGGAGCUUAUAAAGCAGGUUAUCACUGGAGCUUAUAAAGCAGGUUUUGGAAAUAUUUCGAGAUGGAAAAUGAUCCCAUUUAAUCUAGUCAAGCGCAUACUUCAGUGUUGUUUCCAAUAACUAAUGUGUACUUCUACCUUAAUUGGCACAAAUGUUUGUUAUUGGGGUGGUUGUUGUUUGAACCUUAUUAGGAAGGUGAUAAAUAGUAUUACACAGGAUAAACACUUAAUGUUACACAACAUAAACAUCUAGUAUUACACAGGAUAAACACUUAAUGUUACACAACAUGAACACCUAGUAUUACACAGGAUAAACACUUAAUGUUACACAACAUAAACACCUAGUAUUACACAGGAUAAACACUUAGUGUUACACAACAUAAACACCUAGUAUUACACAGGAUAAACACUUAAUGUUACACAACAUAAACACCUAGUAUUACACAGGAUAAACACUAAAUGUUACACAACAUGAACACCUAGUAUUGCACAGGAUAAACACUUAAUGUUACACAACAUAAACACCUAGUAUUACACUGGAUAAACACUCAGUAUUACAAAGGAUAAACACUCAGUAUUACAAAGGAUAAACACUUAGUAUUACACAGGAUAAACACUAAAUGUUACACAACUUGAACACCUAGUAUUACACAGGAUAAAACGUAAUGUUACACAACAUAAACACCUAGUAUUACACUGGAUAAACACUCAGUAUUACAAAGAAUAAACACUUAGUAUUACACAGGAUAAACACUUAGUAUUACAAAGGAUAUUAUAAAAUUAAAGUUGCGGUACGUGUUUCUGUAAUCAGAUUUUUCCACGUGUGCAAUGCUUAUUAGAAACAUUUUUUAUGUAUUUGAUCAUCCACAAAAUCUUUUUUUCAACAUUUCUGUUAAAUUAUUGUAUGCUUAAUAUAUUUGUUUGUGUGCUGUUGUUUUUUCUGUAAAGCUAAAACAUGUAAUUGUAAGACUUGAGAAGGUAAUGCAUAUUUAAAUAACUUACUCUCAUUAUUGUAUUUCUUGUGGUGCUCAGGUCAA